CAUGACCUGAGGUCACAAAUUUCUUUCUUAACAUCUUUCCAUCUCCAAGUUGCAGAACAUUUCAGUUCACAGCCUGUUCUGCGUUCUAUUCAUCUCUGAAUUUCCGACGUUUAUGUUCUAUGUAGAACCUCUGGAGUUCCCCUUCUCUUGUCUAAAACCAUAUCUUCCUUCGAAUCCUUGUUAGCUCGAUUCCCUCUGUUGUACUCUGAAUUAUACAUAUUUCCUGGGAACUAAUACAGAGACUAUAGGAUUUGGGUGAAUGGAAAACGUUUCCAGUCUAAGAGAAGAAGACGAGCAAAUAGAAUUGCCUGCAGGUUUUCGAUUUCACCCGACUGAUGAAGAGCUUAUAACUCACUACCUAUCCCAAAAGGUUCUCAACGCCAACUUCUCAGCCAGAGCAAUUGGCGAAGUUGAUUUGAACAAGUGUGAGCCUUGGGAGUUGCCAUGGAGGGCUAAAAUGGGUGAGAAGGAAUGGUAUUUCUUCUGUGUUAGGGACAGAAAGUACCCAACUGGUUUAAGGACGAACAGGGCUACCGAUUCUGGGUAUUGGAAAGCGACAGGCAAAGACAAGGAGAUAUACAGGAGGAAAGCACUUGUCGGAAUGAAGAAAACUCUUGUUUUCUACAAAGGGAGGGCUCCUAAAGGAGAAAGAACCAAUUGGGUCAUGCAUGAAUACAGAUUAGAGGGGAAAUAUUCUGUAUACAACCUCCCCAAAACAGCUAAGAACGAGUGGGUUAUAUGCAGAGUUUUUAAGAAAAUCUCAGCUGGGAAGAAAACCCACAUUUCAGGGUUGGCGAGGAUGGGCUCCUACGCAAAGGGACCGCCUCCUUCACUGUUGCCUCCAUUGACGGAUUCAUCUCCGUACAACAGCAGAACAAGAACCGAUCUUGGUGACACGACUCACAUGACCUGCUUCUCCGAUCCAAUGGAGUACGAGACCAAGGAAGACAUGGUGGAAGGCUUCAACAGUACUCCUGGCUUUGCUGCUGCUUCAUCUUCUUCCCCAAAUCCCUCUUAUAAUAUUUCCUAUGCUCCAAACUCAUCUUACCACUCGAACACGGGGAACUCCCAGUUUUCAGAUUCAAUCGUGAUGCACGACCAGUCCAUACUGAGGAUGUUGCUUGAAAAUCAUGCUCCGAUGAUGAAGCGGAAUACAAAAGCAGAGUUCUUCUCACCCGAAACGGGCUUUAGUACGGAUAUAUGUUCGGCGGUAACCGACCAGGAAAUGUUGCAAAGGACUUUUGGAGAUCAAGAGAACCCAUCAAGUUCUGCAGGACCAGGUUUAUGGAGUUACCAAGUUUGAAGAUGGAAGAAUGAGAAAUAAAAUAUACAUAUAUAUAUUUAUAUAUUUUGCAGGAAACUAAUGGCUGUCACAAAUUUGCGGUGUGUACUACUGUGUAUAGAUUCUCUGCAUCCAAAUUAUAGGUGGUAAAGAAAUGGCAUGUAUUGCAAGAAGAAUUUCAACUCCUCGUAGGUUCCUAGUUCUGGUUUUAAAGCUCGCGAUCAUCAGCAUUAAACUGAUAGCUUUAAUUAUGAUUCUGAAAUUAGCUUGUACACAAAGUUCAUGAAUUGGAGUCAUUAAUAUUCUGGAUUGAAAUGCUUCA